AUGGGGAUUAUGAACCUGCCUACGAUCCGUAGAUGCAGUUCUGUCCAUAACAUUGUUGAGGAGUUCAUCAAGAAGCGUUACAGAAAGAAGUUGGACAUGUUGACGAAUGAAGAAGAUGAACAAGAAGAGGAAUAUCUUCAAUCUAGGCAGGUUAAAAGACGAAUUUUCCCUGGAGUAGAAGCUGAACUUGCCGGGCUGAUGAUGAAGUUGAACUUGCCCUGCGGACAGUUAGAACCCAUUGACCAUGCUCGUUUUGCUGUCGUCUGUAAGGAAUGGCAGUCUCUUGCAAAACAGUAUAAUUGUGAAACGCAGCCCUGGGUUAAGGUCCUCCCUCCCAUGCUAUGGAUCCCUACCCAAUCUCAUGGCUCCGAUGACCCAAUGGCCAUGCUUUACAGCUUGUCUGAAAGAAAAAUCUACAGAAAUAUGAAGUUGCCAGUGCCUCGUGAUGAAAGGAUCUACUGUGGUUAUGGAUGGAUGGCUAAGUAUCGGUAUCUAAAUAAGUCCUCAGAUUAUUAUGCUAGUCUAGCAAUAACUCUCAUGAAUCCUUUCAGAAACGCAAAAGAUAUUAUCCGUCUCGCUCCAAUCCAAGACAGCUUAUUUAGUGUAAAGCAAGUAGUGAAGAUAACCUUGCCUGCUGAUCCCACUUUGGAUCGGAACAAUUAUGUGGUUCUAGUCAUAUGCGGUUCUAGACUGUACUUCAUCAGAGGAGGACAAAAACUUUGGAGUCCCAUGCAUACGCGGUGCAGUGCUGCAACAUAUUAUGAAGGGCGAGUGUUCUCAGUUCGUGGUUUUGGAAGAGAUAUCCCAGGGCACGAGCUUGUAUCAUACCGCGUUGAUAGCAGCGUUGACAUAUAUUACAGUUUACAUCUGCAACAUGUGGCAUGGCUUGAACAUUGUACUCUAUCCCAUCUUCUUCAAACAUAUUUCGUAACAUCAACAAAGGGGGGUUUACUGGUUGUUGAGAGAUUGUUGGAAGAAGACAGAACCAACAUCUUCAAGCGGCGGAAAAUGCUGAAGUUCAAGGUUUUCAAGUGGGUUGAAUCCAUUGCACAGCUAGCUGAGGUAAAUGACAUUGGGGAUGAGGCCAUUUUCGUGGGCAACAAUCAAUCGGUAUGUGUUUUGGCUUCAAAGUUUCCCGGGUGUCAGCCAAAUUCUAUAUACUACACGAAUGAUCUUGUUGUGGAAGGACAAAGAUUAGAAGACAUAGGCAUCUUUAAUUUAGAGGAUGGAAGUAAUAAAACCAUUACACACCAUUAUUAUCCUCACAAGUUUGUGGAGGGGCAAAUGGUGCCGGCAAUUUGGAUUACACCGUCUUUUCCAGUAUGCUAG